GGGAUGUGACAUCACUUCCUGGCGGGAUUUCGAUCUGAAGACGGAUGUAAACAAAACAAGUGAACGAUUUAACGGCCUUCAUGCUGCAGUGUAACGUUAACUGACAAGUAUAGUUUUGCCUAACAAACAAUGCUUCAUGUGUGAUAUUCGCUGAAAGCAUUUCUAAAGUUAUUGUCAAAGUUUUAACCAACAGUCGUAGUACGGUAACGUAACAGUGAGUGUAACGCUAACUGUCAGAGAGGAGUAAGAGAAAGUUAGUACCGCUACCCUUAUUUAAUUUGGAUUUACCGGAAACGUUGAUUUAUAUCAAAAACAAGGGGCCUUCACUGUUUUGUGAUGGACCAAUCUGACAGCGUGGGGAACUUCGACCACCUGGUGGAGGCUGUGGCACUGAAUGAUAGUCCUGCUCCUCACAACUCCACUGAACAGAAAGAAACGUCGCCUACAGACAUGCUGAGAAUAAAACAACAGAUGUCCAACCAGUGCUUUGAGAUGGCAGUACAGCUUCAAGCAGGAAAAAAUAAGAGAUCAUGCAGCACAUCUGAAGCUGAGAGGGACCUGCCAGAUUAUGUUGAUGAGGUUGAAAGAAUCAAGACAACUAAUUUUAACAGCACAUUAAUACUGCACAGAAUGCAGAUGUGGCACGCAAUUGGAGAAAAACUCAGACAGAAUGAUUCAGAUGCAGAUGCCCUGAAAGCUGUGAAUGGUCGCUGCAUGGCUCUUUGUUCACAAAUAACACAACUUCAGCAAGAGUCAAGAGGUCUUCAAGAUGAAAUCGCAGAAACACAGAAAGAGAGGCUUGAGAUGAAACGACUCACACAUGAAAAAAUUAAAGAGAUAGAAGAGCUGAUGUCGAAGAAAGAGCACCCAGAUGGGGAGAAGCUCAAAGCUGUGUUGGAGAAAGGCCAGGCCAACCUGGAGAAAUACAAAAAGAUGACCAUCAUGACACAGAACGUUCUCAGGGGCAUUCUCUUGGCCUGUAAAGUCAACUGGCUGGACGAUCCCAAACUUCGAGACAUCGCCAUGUCGCUGGAGGAAUUCCCCAUAUCUGAUUAGAGAAGAAUCAUUUUAUCUCGUAUAUUUAUCUGUGUUGUUUAAUAAAUAAUAAAUAAAACUCCAAAA